AUGACAAAGGGAACAACAAGUUUUGGUAAGAGAAAUAAGAGAAAUCACAUUCAGUGUCUUAGAUGCGGCAACGAGUCAUACCACAAGCAGAAGAACAAGUGCUCUAGCUGUGCAUACCCAGAGAGAAGAUGGAGAAACCCAGGAUCACCAAAGGCUGUGAGCAGAAAGACCCAGGGAACCGGAAGAAUGAGACAUUUGAGAAAGUACAUCAAAAUUAACCAGAAGAAAUCCAUAGCAAGCAACAGCUACUAA